GAAACUUCCGCUAUUGAGUCACAAAACAAAUUAGUCUGUACUGUUACUCAGUAGGCCCGUUAUAACUAACUAAACUAUUAAUAGUAAAAUACGUCUGGUUUGAAAUACGCGAUUUAAUGAUACUUAAAUUAGAAACAAACACAUCAUAUUGUUCUAAUGACUGCCACGUGCAGUUUUUAUUAAAUAUAAGCCCGUAAUCAUAGAUAAAAACCUGUUAUUUUUAAGGAGGUCUUAGUCUUUUUUAUUAAAAAGUAGGCCUACUGUAACUUAUAUUUAACUGCCUCUUAUAAAUAACAAACUUCACAACUACUGCUGGCUGCUUGUGUUCAUUCACUAAUUUACUAAGUCCAACUUCAACUUAGUCAAGCCCGGUGAAUAUGAUUGAUUGCGUCUCUUAUAUGACUGAUGACGCUUCUACUGGCUGUUGAGCUUCAAUUUGACUAAAUCAAUAAAGUUGAAUAAUCUUCAUCUUUUUGAGUUUGAACUGCAUCCAAAGCUCAGGCAAAAAAUUAGACACCCAUCAUCGUCAUCACUGAGUGAUAAAUUCUUUCAAAUUUGCUGCUUUGCUGCGUUCCUGGUUCUGUGACUUGUGUGAAAUCAAGACGACUUGAAAUUUAAGAAUAUAACAUCUAUAGUAUAGAGUCAAAAUGAAGCUGUAUUCUAUUGCUGUUCUGCUUAAAACUCCGGAGGGUAAAGGAAAAAUGUUAACUUCAAAGAAUGAAUUAUCUUCAUUUGGAUACUUUCAAAAAGCCACUGUUGGAGAGUUCAUGAUAUUCACCAGCAAAAUCCUUGUUGAAAGAACUGCCACUGCAUCUCGUGCAUCUGUCAAAGAGCAAGAGUAUAUCUGUCAUGUGUAUGUUAGAAGUGACAAUUUGUCUGGUGUUGUCAUAGCUGACCAUGAGUACCCACAAAGAGUUGCACACACCCUGAUUAACAAGAUUUUAGAGGAAUUCCAAGAGAAGUGUCCCAAGACACAAUGGGCUUCUGUGAAAGAAAAUGAAGCACCAUAUCCACAGCUUCAAGAGCUCCUGCAAAAGUAUCAGAAUCCUAAAGAGGCUGAUGCCAUGACAAAAAUACAGUCAGAACUGGAUGAGACUAAGAUUAUACUGCACAAUACAAUUGAAGCAGUGUUACAGAGAGGUGAAAAAUUGGAUGACUUGGUGGAAAAAUCUGAAGGGCUUAGUAUGCAGUCUAAAACAUUUUAUAAAACAGCAAAAAAGACCAACCAGUGCUGUUCUAUACUCUGAAUGCUGUAUAUUUUGGAAAGAAGAAUGUAGUAUUAUUUUUUUUCUUUUACUGAAACAAGCUCAAUGAAAUUAUUGCUGCUGUAGUAAUGAAAGAAUCAAUCUGUACGUCUAUUUAGGCCAAGAGCUUCCCUCUAAGUGUGAGAAAAAUUUCAUUACGUUUAUUUUUUAUUUCGGAGUAAAGAUUGCAGUUUUACAGAAGUGAUAUGUUUUUAGGAAAGAGUAUUGUAUUGUUACAUGAAGUAUGUGAUAUAUUUUUUUGUAAGUAGAAAGUCUGUUGUUUUUUACGUAAGAAAUCUUUUUGCCAGUCAUUUUUUGUUCACAAUUUUUAGAUCUUAUUCUAAUAACAAUUUUACCUACUGAAUAUAUUUUAUCCACCUUUGUUUCAUCAUCAACACGGAAAAGGAGUUUAUGCUUGUUUUGUAAUAUAAAAUGUAGUUAACAAUAAGCGAUAGCUGCUAGUUAAAAAUAAUUUGAAAUGCAGUAUAUAAGAUCCUUUGAUUGUUUGUUAAAACAAUCAUUAUAAUGAUUGGCAAGACAUUGUUUUUUUUUUUAGCUCUCUUACGUUUUAAUAUCAAAGAAAGUAAUCACUUAAAUUUAAACAAAAUGUUCUAAUUUGAGUGUGUACAUUAUUUUAGCUCUAAGUGUAUAUUGCUGAUAAAUUGUGUUUAAUUUGCAUAUUGUUAUUAAAAUAAUUUGUUGCAAAUAAUUUUUAAUGCCAUUAAAAAAACCUUGCAAUAAACCUAAAUACACAUUUUAAGCCACAUUUUCUUGAAAUAGUCAACAGACAUCAAUAUGGUAAACAUCUCACUAGUUAGGUAGCACAUUCCAUGGUCAUUCAGUUGCUGUUUGUGCAUCUCUUGUACAUCACCAGGUCCCCUUAGAUUCAGACACUUUACUCUUCAGUUAUAUUAAAUAAGCAACUUCCUUAGCUUACUUAUCAUCUUGAUGACAAUAAGUAAGUUGCUUUUGUGUAAAUGUAAAUCCUACAUUUUUUUUUUCGCUCUGUGAGUGAACACUUGCAUUUCAUGAAUGGAAAUAUUUUGUGGUAAAUAAAGUAAAGCAUGUCCCAAU